CACCAACCCACUUCUCGAAUCGAAUCCAGGUCCAGGGACGCCGCUACCCGCCGUCCUUCACCCCCGCCAUGCCAACGCUCGGCAUCUCGCCGCUGCUGGACGCCUACUUCCGGCGCCGCUUCGCCGCAGCGGGCCUCGUGGAGGCCUCCGUCCCGCUGGACGGCGGCGCCACCACGGUCCACUGCUGGCGCUUCCCGCCGGGGUCCGCCGACGGCGAGGACGACGCCCGUCCCGUCCUGGUGCUCCUGCACGGCUUCGGGCCCCCGGCAACGUGGCAGUGGAGGCGCCAGGUGGGCCCUCUCUCGCGCCGGUUCCGCCUCGUCGUCCCGGACCUGCUCUUCUUCGGCGGCUCGUCCACGUCGGCGGGCGCCGGGCGGGUGUCCGAGGCGCGGCAGGCGGAGGCGGUGGCGAAGCUCGUGGCGGCCCUAGUGGCGCCGCCGGCGCGCGUGUCGGUGGCCGGCACCAGCUACGGCGGGUUCGUGGCGUACCACCUGGCGCGGCUGCUGGGCCCCGGCGCGGUGGACCGGGUGGUGAUCGCCAGCUCCGACCUCCUCAAGGCCGACGCCGACGACCGCGCCCUGCUCCGCCGCGGCGGCGCCGAGCGCGUCGAGGACGUCAUGCUGCCGCGCUCCCCCGAGCGGAUGCGGCGCCUGAUGCAGCUCGCCUACCACCGCCCGCGCCGCUUCACGCCUGGCUUCGUGCUCCGGGAUCUCGCCCAGUAUCUGUACAGCGACAAAGUAGAAGAGAAGAAGGAGCUAAUCAAGGGGAUAACGCUGGGCAACAAAGACAAGUUCCAGCUUACACCUCUCCCCCAGGAAGUCCUUGUGUUGUGGGGAGAGCACGACCAGAUAUUCCCCGUCGAGAAGGCAUUUCAAGUGGCAAGGAAACUUGGAGCGAAUGCUAGGCUGGAGGUCCUCAAGGACACCGGCCACAUGCCUCAAGAAGAGGAUCCAAAGCGGUUCAACGAGGCAAUCCUCAACUUCUUGCUUCCAGCUCCAAAGUCGUCCUUGUAACGCGAUAUAUAUCCCAUAGUUAUUCACUUAUUAUUAUUCAGGCCCAAGGAUCACCGGAGAGUUCACGAUUUCGAUAUGCACAUUCUGCCCGAUCAGUGCAGUCUUUGUCGCUUUGGUAUCACCUCACCUUCAAGAUUGAUUAUGGAGGAAUUGGAAAGUAUGUUAUGGAAACUAUUGCUAUUUAUCUGCC